GUCAAUAUUAAGCGACUACGGGCAACAACAAAAAACUCCCGACGCGUUAUUGUCGCUCCUCGAAGGACUAUCAAAUAGAGCGAUUUGGGAGACGAUUUGUGGUUCUGGUGGAAAAUAACCAUGGCGGUACGGGUGCUCCAGUUGGUCCUCCCCUCGGGGAUAGCCGUGUUCAAAAUAGGGACAACUAUUCGGACGGCUGGUAUUCACACAAGCUCAGUAAGGAACCUGCGGUACGGUUGGUGGGCAUAUGCACUGGGCGAGAGGACAACUCCAAGGUUCAAGGAGAACAGCAAGAUAAUCUCCAUUGAUGGCAACCUGGCCUCAGGAAAGGGGGCACUGGCCCAGAAUCUGGCUGAAAAGCUGGGGAUGCUGUACAUGCCCGAGCCUGACACGCACUACUUGGACAAGAUGACAGCGGAGAAGGCACCUCUGCCAACCGCCUUUAAUGGUAACUGCAGCCUGGAGAAGUUCUACGGAGACCCCAAGGCUGCUGACGGGAACUCCUACCGGCUGCAGGCAUGGAUGUACCUCAUGAGGCUCCUGCAGUGGUCAGACGCCAUGGAACACCUGCUCACCACAGGCCAAGGUGUGGUCUUAGAACGCUCCCCCUACAGUGACAUGGUGUUUGUGGAGGCCAUGUUCAAACAGGGUUACAUCAGAAAGCAGUGUGUUGACCACUACAAUGAAAUCAAAGGUAUCAGCAUCUGUGAGUUCCUUCCCCCCCACUUGGUCAUCUAUGUGGACAUGCCAGCAGAAGAAGUGCAGAAGAAGCUGAAGGCAUCAGGCAAGGAUGUGCCCCUACCCUAUCUGAAGAGCAUUGAGGACGCAUACAAGAAGACCUACCUUCCCAAAAUAAGUGAGAAUGCAGAAUUGCUUGCUUAUGAUGCAACGCAGGCACAAGACAUCGAGAGGAUUGCAGAAGACAUUGAGGACUUGAAGUUCGAGAAAGGACCUUGGGUAGAACAGGAUGACGUCACAUUACACUACAUGAGAAUGCUGGUGGAAGACAAGAUGAGGGUGGCAGACCUGACCCUUGUACCCAACUUCCUCCCUGAGGUCACCAUCGGCGCUCACGAGUAUGACGCAGGCUACUAUGCCUUCAAAUCGCUCCUGGGAAAGAAGUAUGCUGACGGUUAUAACGCAGAUAUCGGCGAUAAGAACAUCUGGCUGAAGUGAUUGUGGGCCUGACUACUCUGGAGCGGAUUGGUGUAGAUGAAUGUUUCCUUCCUCAUUCCCUCCCUCACGCACCUGCUCACUCCUCGCUAUGGGCAGAGAAGUCUAAAUAUGGGCUCAUCCAUUUCAUCCGAUCAGCAACGUUCUCUUCUGUCUAUGUAUCAAUGAGAAAUUGUACGCAAUUAAAAACUUUAAAAAAAAAAAAUUGAAACUUUUUAAAAUGGCAAUGUUUCUUCAUGUUUAUAAUAUGCAUCUAGCUUUUUCAAGAACGAUAAUAGCAAUUAGGAUGAGCUGAAAUAUCUCAAGUCAUAUUACCGACUUUUAUUCAAGAAACUUUCAAGUUUGCUGUCCCAGUUUAAGCGACUUGCAUCAUUAUAAUGUGUCCUUUUAGUCUUUUCUGUAGCAGAUGCUUCAGUGACUGACUCAGUGCCAAUUGAGGUGUUACAACCCCAUGGGGGCUCUGGAAGCAGGUAGCCAAUUCGGUAGGACUUCACAGUGUGCCUGUUGUACCGAACGUGUCUGUUGCAAUGAAGUGGCUCACAAACCAAUUGGCUUCCAGCUGUUCUAUAGCUGCAUAUCAGACACAAUGCAUUUAUAAAUAACGUGUAUAAAAUGUGCCUCGGCAGUUAUGAUAUAUGCAUUAAGGACAACAUACUUUUGCUUGCAUUUCAUGAAUGGGAAGGAUUGUGUUUCAUACAGAUGAAGGUUCAGGUGCUUCUUAUUUCAGUCUCGUGGUAUUGUUAGGUUCUUAGAGUAAAAACUCAGAUAAUAAGUAAAGCUCAAACCAAGUUUAUUCACACACUGGGUUAUACAGCUGCAUAUGACAAAGACAUGGUUCCACCAGCGCAUAUAUAUAUACACAGUGUAUUACAGCUGUAAUCGCAGCAAAAGGUGGCGCUACAAAGUAUUAACUUAAUGGGGCUGAAUAAUUUUGCACGCCCAAUUUUUCAGUUUUUGAUUUGUUAAAAAAGUUUGAAAUAUCCAAUAAAUGUCGUUCCACUUAAUAA